AUGGCGGAUGUGGCUCCAGGUAGCAUGACUUUAACUGGAGAAUCCACUACAUGGCCAAUCACUAACACUAUUAAACCAGCAAGAUAUUUAAUGUUUGGUUUCAAGAACUUACCAGAUUCUCAAACGAAUAACAAUAAUGUCUUCAGAGUGGCAAUGAACCAAACUCAAAAUCCUUUAAUCCAUAAAGUUCAAGUAAGAUUAAACAACGAUAAUUAUCCUAACCAACCUUUAACAAUUAAUCCAACCACAAAGGAUUAUAAUGAAUUGUAUAGAAACUAUAAAAAUAUGUGUGAAUUAUAUGGAAAUCUACCUCAGUUUGAAUAUGUAGAUUUUGCACUUAAUCAUCCAAUCUUCUGUUUUGAUCUAUCAGCUCACCAAGAAGACCUUUUCAAAACAGGAGUAAACAUAAAUAUUCAUAUUGAAAAAACACAAGGAGAUGUAACAGGUUAUUGUUUAUUAUUGGAAGAAGCAAAACAUUUAAUUAAAAUAGCAGAUAGAAGAAUGAUAAGAAUUGAGUAA